AUGUCGGCGUCCAUGUGCGACUGCAACAGGAAUGCAGCCGAUCUGUUCACCCAGGACGGCUGUUUCCAAUGCACUGAUAGGGUACACCAUACCAGGGACUACCACCAAUUUGGUCAAACAUUCUUUGAACAUGGGCACGGCUCAACACAACCCAAACAUCUUACGGACCAGAACAACAUUCUGAAUGACAGUACGAACACCACUCCCACCAAGAGAAUGGCCGACCGCCAACACCAUACAAUUGCUGUUCCAAUUAAACUUUCGACCAACUUCGACUCUCUGUUCUCACCCUUUCCACCCAAGCCGAUGACCACCGCUGGGAAGAGAGGACCAACUUCAUUCUUCCCCAUGCUCGGACGAUGCCGAAUCCAGCAGCCACCGAAGAAAAGAGCCGACACCAUUCCAUCACCAGUGAAGAGGCUUAACCGGGAUCUCUCCAAGAAGGACAAGGUCUAUCAAGUCUGGCAGUAUGCAGAGGAAGGUGAAUCUCUGUUUGACCCGGGAGAGGCACUCAUGUACCUAUCAUCCAACCUCCAUCUGAACAAGUCGAAGUCCCAUCAAGACGGUUGUUGGUACGAAGAGUUGCCAUCCUACAGGGCCAAACUAGAACAGAGGCAGAAUGCAGCGGCAACCAAAGCAGCAGCACCGGCAAAAUCAGCUGCAACAGCGCUAUUAGACGAGGCAGACCAGCAAGAAGAAGAAGACUUAGCCGGCAAGAAGGGGUCUAUGAAAAAUUGGCUUCUUCAGCAUUCCAAGAAGACAUCAAUUAAGGUAAAGCCAACACCACCGAAGAAGAAAGAACCACCGGCAGAAAAGCCACUACCAAAAGGGACAAAAAGCCGCUUAGACACCACCUGGAAGACCCUCAGACCGAUGCUUAACGCCCAUUACCGGGAGAACCCCAAGCUCUUAAAGGUCCCAGUGGAGCAGAUCGUUCAGCGUCUUAACAAGUGCUUUAUUGAGGUGUCCGAAGAAUCCAAGAAGGUACCUGAAACCUUUAAGCCCAAAGCCCCCAAACCAAAGGGCAAUAAGAAAGGCAGUAGGAAGAGCACAACAGGCGGAUCCACCGGAGAAGAGUAA